UACAAGGCCCAUGGCCUACUGAAUUCCAAUUCUAUACAGACCCAUCUCACUCGCCGUCGGCCACUUCUUUCACCUGAGAUCUCUCUCUCUCUAAACACCCCCAUAGCUCCACACUCGAGAAUUACAUCAAUUUCUGUUAACUGUGCAACGAUUCCAACUUAAUCGCAAGAACAAGAACGACUGAAUCAAGAAGAAAUGUCAUCAUUUCUCCACCAAAGAUCACUUCAAGCUGCAUCAUCAGACACCUUCGAGUUAUCCCCUCGAUCCCGCCAAAAUUACCAAAAACCCACUGUCGCUCUCCUCAGCCGCGGCCCCGCCUUGCUCCUCCUCCUCCUCUCGCUGCUAGUAAUCCUCGGUGUGAUUUUUCCUUACCUACAGUCCCCCAUUUCCCUCUUUUCGUUCAAAUCCUGGAGCUCCGGUUCCAAGUGGCGGGAAUACACGCUCCCGGAUGCGGCUGCUUAUGUGGCGAAGAACAAUACGCUGAUCGUGUGCGCGGUCAGCGAGGCUUAUUUGCCGUUCCUGAACAACUGGCUGAUUAGCAUUGCUCGGCAAAAGCAGCAGGAUAAAGUUUUGGUGAUUGCGGAGGAUUUUGCUACGCUUUACAAGGUUAACGAGCGGUGGCCAGGGCACGCCGUCCUGGUGCCGCCUGCACUGGAAGCGGCAGCAGCUCAUAAGUUUGGAUCUCAGGGUUUCUUCAAUUUUACAGCUAGAAGGCCGCGUCAUCUCCUGCAAAUUUUGGAGCUUGGCUAUAAUGUUAUGUACAAUGAUGUGGAUAUGGUCUGGUUGGCGGAUCCCUUUCCUUAUAUGGAAGGCGAGCAUGAUGUGUACUUCACGGAUGACAUGGCUUUUGUGAAACCUCUCAAUCAUUCUCACGGUUUGCCGCCUCCAGGGAAAAAGGGUCGUCCUUACAUCUGUAGCUGCAUGAUUUAUCUACGCCCCACCCCAGGGGCAAAAUUAGUUAUGAAGAAAUGGAUUGAAGAACUACAGGCCGAACCUUGGUCUAAAGCAAAGAAAGCUAAUGACCAACCUGGCUUCAAUUGGGCAUUGCUUAAAACUGCUGCACAGGUGGACAUGUACCUGCUACCUCAAACCGCGUUUCCAACUGGUGGUUUAUACUUCAGGAACAAGACAUGGGUAAAGGAAACCAAGGGAAUGCAUGUUAUCAUCCACAAUAACUACAUAGUCGGUUUUGAAAAGAAGAUCAAACGAUUUCGUGACUAUGGUCUCUGGUUGGUGGAUGACUAUGCCUCUGAGUCCCCUCUUGGCAAAAUAUAACGAGCUGUAGAAGCCUUAUUGAACCGGCUUUUGUUGGAGUACUACAUAACUUCUUCCAGAAAACAACCACGACAUUUUUCUCACAACUCCUCAAUUCUGACUGCAAAUUCAGACAUGCCUGUCAUUUGAGGCUUGAAAUCGAUGUGGAUGACAAUGGAUAGGCAAAGGACUCUGUCUACAAAUUGUGAGGCGAAAGUUGAAGAGAUAUAUCACUUAAGCUUUUCUCUUUGCUUGCUGUAUACAUUGGGGGGCAGUCGACAUGUAAUUUCAUGCAAUUUUGUUUCUGAAUAUGAUCUUGAUUUUGCU